AUAGGCGGCCGCCCCCCUCACGUGACCCAGGACGUCACUGCGGGGAGCCGGGGACGGGCUCUACGGCAGCCGGGAAGCGGCGAUGUCGGGGGACGGCGAACGCUCCCCGUUGCUGCCCGCGGAGCUUGGCGAGCCUGGCACUCCCGGGGCCCUGGCCGGGCCUGGCGGGCUCGUCCCUUCCGCGCCGCUCCCACCCUACGGGGGCCCUGCGGCAGGGAAGCCGGCCCCGCCCCAUGGCUUCCCACCGUUCCCAGAUGGGCAUCUAGCUGUGCUGCCUGGGGAGGACCCCCCACCCUACUCACCCAUGGCCAGCCCCGACAGUGGCAGCGCCCCCAUGAUCACCUGCCGCGUCUGCCAGAGCCUGAUCAAUGUGGAGGGCAAGAUGCACCAGCACGUGGUGAAGUGCAGUGUCUGCAAUGAGGCCACGCCGAUCAAGAACGCCCCCCCGGGGAAGAAGUAUGUGAGAUGUCCCUGCAACUGCCUGCUGAUCUGCAAGGUGACGUCCCAGCGAAUCGCCUGCCCCCGGCCCUACUGCAAAAGAAUCAUUAACCUGGGCCCGGUGCACCCAGGGCCCCUGAGCCCUGAGCCCCAGCCCGUGGGAGUGCGGGUCAUCUGUGGGCACUGCAAGAAUACUUUCCUGUGGACAGAGUUCACAGACCGCACCUUAGCCCGCUGCCCGCACUGCCGCAAAGUCUCCUCCAUCGGGCGCAGGUACCCCCGGAAGAGAUGCAUCUGCUGCCUCCUCCUGGGUGUCUUAGUGGCUGUAGCUGCCACAGGCCUAGCGUUCGGCACGUGGAAGCAUGCCCGGCGGUAUGGUGGGAUCUACGCUUCCUGGGCGCUGGUCAUUCUCCUGGCUGUGCUGUGCCUAGGCCGGGCCAUGUACUGGGCCUGCAUGCGAGUCAGCCACCCCGUCCAGAACUUCUCCUGAGCCACCCCUGCUGCAGGGAGCCCCGUCCAUCUCAGCCAGCUUCUGCCCAGCCCCCGGUCCGCUCCUGUGCCUCUCGCCUUGGUUCUGCUCCCCUCCCAUCCCGCCGGACCCUGAGCAGGAGACCCCCAUGGGACGUGACCAAUGGAG